AUGGCUUCACAACUCGCGACUCAGCCUCCACGGACGCCAACCUUCCUUCUUUCCUACCCCAAGCCACUUGUCCUGCUCAUCACCAUCAACCGCCCGAAGGCCAUGAACAGCUUGGGGUUUGCCUCACACUGGGAGGCGGACAAUCUCAUCCAAUGGUUUGACAGCGAGCCGUCGCUCAAUGUGGCUGUCAUUACAGGCAGCGGGAAUGCUUUCUGCACUGGGCAGGAUCUGAUUGAGCAGCGUGAUCUAGCCAAUGCAAGAGAAGCUGCAGCAAGAGGCGAGAAGGUAGAUGUACCAGACCAAAGAUUACUCCGACAUCCAGUCAGCGGAUUUUGCGGCAUAAGCAGGAGAGAUGGCAAGAAGCCUGUCAUAGCGGCCGUAAACGGCUGGGCUAUGGGUGGUGGCUUUGAGAUAUGUUUAGGCUCUGACAUGAUCGUGGCUUCUCCAAACGCGAUCUUUGGCCUUCCAGAAGCCAUGCGCGGGCUGUAUGCCGGCGCUGGUGGACUCUCCCGCCUUGUCCGACUAGCAGGCAUCACUGUUGCCAGCGAGAUCGCCAUGUCUGGUCGCUUCCUAUCAGCUGCAGAAGCCGUACAGUACAACAUUGCGAACCGCGUUUCCAAGACACACGAGAGUGUGGUGGAGGAAGCAGUCGACUUGGCGGCCAAGGUCGCAAGCCUCAGCCCGGACGCCAUCAUCGUCACAAGACAUGGUCUACGUGCUAGCUGGGAGCAUGCCAGCGUUGAAAGAGCGAGCCAAGAUACUGAGUUGCGGUAUGGCAAGGGCUUGCGCGAAGGAGAGAACCUGGGCAUUGGUCUUCGGGCUUUUGCCGAGAAGAAACAACCGAAAUGGGUACCGAGCAAAUUGUAG